UAUAUGAUAGAUCUUGAACUUUUGCGUUUGUGUUUUGAUUUUUUUUUAAAAAACGAAAGUAAAGCAAGGAAGUAGCUGUCCUGUCUUAGAGUUGGAGCUAUUAUAAACGUAAGGUAAAGUAAGGUUAGAUUAUGUCAACAAAGGAAAAAUGGGAUCCUCUGCUCUCUCACGACUGGGAUGGUCAGGAAUACUCGGCUCUUAGUAUCAAUCGAGUCAAGCGAGACCUUACAGACAUUUACGCUGAUCCACUGCCAUUUGUAUUUGUUUGUCCUGACCAAAACAACAUAAGCAAAAUUCAUGCUAUUAUAUCUGGUCCUCAGGAUACACCAUAUGAAGGUGGGUUUUUUUAUUUCGUUAUUCGAAUGUCUCCGGAAUACCCUGUUACUCCACCCAGAGUAAAACUGAUAACGACCGGUGGUGGUACAGUCCGGUUUAAUCCAAACUUAUACGAUUCCGGAAUGGUUUGUCUAAGUAUUCUUGGAACAUGGUCUGGUCCGGGAUGGAGUGCUGCGAACUCAUUGAAAAGUUUGUUGCUGUCUAUCCAAUCCAUUAUGAACAAGAACCCUUAUCACAAUGAGCCAGGAUUUACAGAAGAGAGGCAUCCAGGUGAUGCAAAAAACUACAAAAUGUGCAUACACCACGAAACUUUAAGAGUCGCCGUUGUUGGGAUGGUCGAUGGAUCGACAACCAUGCCUGCUCAACUAAAGGAGAUUGUUGAGAGAACGUUCUUGGAAUAUUUAGAGUAUUACGAAGAAACCAUCGGUAAUUAUAUCCAUUUAGAUGGGGAGAUGUUAAGAGAUCCUUUCGGAAAAAACAAAGGUAGAUUUCAAUAUGCCUUUCUACUUACAAGGAUUAAUGCGCUGGCCACAGAACUUCGUAAAAAAUAUGCAGGACUUGGAAAAAUAGAUAAGACUGGAGUGAACAUUGAUUUCUCUUAAGUUUCUCAAAUUUAAAUAUUUAUUUCAAGCCAGACAGUUUGUAAAACAGGGCUUGGAACAUCUAGUUGAGAGUGUAAAGUACACAUGUUUUUUUAUAAGCAAGAAAAUAUCAAAAUCAGGAUAGAAUAUGCUUGUGUGAAAAACACGAUCAGCCUUACGUCAUGUUUAUUAAGAAAACAAUUUAAAAACUUGAACGUUGUUUUUGUGGAAUGAAAAUAUAAAAUGAUCUUUGUUAUUAGCUUUGAAAAACAGCCACAAAAAAUAUAUAAUUACACAAGGCUAAGUAAAGACAGUGCACUGGUAUUAAUCAAACCAUAGAAGACUCUCUAAGUAAAAUACCCAUUAGAAAAACAUGCAUGGUGAUUUAACAAAGGCUGGCCAACAUGCUUAGUAUGUGUUUAAAAAUUCUCCUAUCUCAGCCUAAAUAUGCUGAUCAGAAUGCGAAUUGUAUUUUCAAACCAGGCAUCUUUUUUCUGCAUUUUAUAUCCCCGGUUAUCUUGCAAACAAACUGAGAAAUUCUUUUUAAGCAGGGUGUGAAGCAAAAGAGUAUUUAUCUGACGUUACUACCUUCUUCGUGCUUAUCUUACGUCUACUAAUUUUUACGCCUUCGCGCAAAAGUUCGUGAAUUUUACAUUUGAAUGCACGCCAAAACUAAUUCACGAAUGCUGCUGUGUACAGUUAGUACGACAAAUAAAUAUGUAAUUUUCAAAUUUAUUUUUCGCAUUUGGCACGAUAUUUUAGGUUCGAUCUCGAUGCGCCAUAUAUAAAUCAACAAUCUCUUGAAAACAAUUUAUUUUUUCUGUAUUUUCUUAUAUUUAUGGGUUUUUUUUAUUUCUUAUGUUUUUAUUUUAAUAAUAACGAGUAUAUGUGAUAUAAAAAUAUACAUAUUUGCUACCUAUUUUCUAUCGGUUGAUCUGAUGUAAUUUGUUUGUUUAUUCUAAAAUUGUGAAGGGAAACUUUUUGCAUUAUUUACUCAGUGUUUAUAUGUAAUUUUUUUUUUAUUUUCGAAAAUCUUAAAAUAUGGACGCAUAUGCAAAUGAAUUUGGCUGCUUAUCUAAAUUGCUGAGUCAGGAGAAUUUUUGUAGUUGAAAAUAGAUUAACUUUGCUGAAAGGGUGCGGGAUUUUAUUAUUUCUUCAUCUUCUCACAAUAGAGUUGUUUUUUGUAAGAUUUUUGGGUAGUAUCCCCUACAUAUUGAAAAGACAUCAUUGAAAAAACAUUUCGGCAAAAUUUUAUGCUUCAAAAUUUCACUAACCAAUCACUCCGGUGUCAAGGGGAAAAAGUACUCCCCUAAAAAGUACUCCCAGUACUUAUUUCCGGAAAAUAAAUACUCCCCAGUAUAUAUUUCCUAGGUAAAAAGUACUCCCGGGAGUAUCUUUUUCCUAGGAAAUAAGGACUGCUUUGGGAGAAAAGUACCCCCGGGAGUUUUAUUUUCCCGGAAAAUAAGUACUCCUUUACGUAAAAGGCGCUCCUUUGAUACCCUAUUAUUUUUGAACUCCUUUGGGUUAGAAAGUGAAUCAGGAAAAUAUUCUUUAUGUAUACCAUCAAAUGAUUUUACCUUAUCGAUCAGAAUUUCUCUAACCCCCUUACAAAUAUUUUUUUGAAAUCAUUUAAACAGUACCCAUCGAACAGUUACAUUACCAUCUAAUGUUAACAUAAUGAGCCGAAAACGUAUUACAAAUAAAUUCUAACCUUCGUUACUUUUCACUUACAGAUUUAUUGGAUUUUAAACAUGAAAUUUGAAUAUUAAAAAAUGAGCUUUUUUUCUAUUGAAUUUGAAAAUGUCAGUUUCAUGGUGAAAAAGCUUUGAACAAUGCUGAAUUCGAGAUAGCUACUUAUUUUUUACUUUUUUUCAAUUUAUCAUUUAUCAGAUCAUCAAAAACUCAACGUUAAAAUCUAUUAAAAAACCGCCCCGUAAAUCGUAUAAAGCUAAAAAAUAUAAAGUGUAAAAGUAUACAUAUCAGGGGCGAAUCCAAACCCCGUCAAUUGGGUCAAAGGACGGGGUUUAAAAAUAACAAGUAUAGUUUAUCUAAUUUUCAAAUAUUUAGUACUAACCAGUAAUAUUUGGGGCGUGUAAUAAUGUAUUCAUUUGAGCGCUCAUCAAUAUAAAAAUUAAUAAUAUUGCCGCCGCUCUGCCGUGAUGGCGGAUAGAAAAAUAUGGACCCCGCCCUGCAGGUUUUUGCCGGAGCAAUGAGGUUAUUCUUAACUCUUAUUGGUCUAGAGUGCCGGGUUUGCAGGAGAAGAACACCGGCAGGAUUUGAUUGGUCAUUACAGAAGUUUUCUUAAGUUGUGAUUGGCUAAAAAUCAAUACCCUGCAAAAGCAAAAAUGCUAGUCUUCAUCUUCAUAUCUUCCUCAACAUCAUUGCUCAACAUGGCGUUUAGUUCAGUGAGAGAAGAUGUUUUGAAAUUAUUUCAAGACGAAGAUUUGCAGAAAUUGAUUGAAAUAUUUAGUAUUUAUUCUGAGAAAUGGAUAAAUUCAAAUAAAAAUGUGUUUUUAAACAUAGAACAGCUUUAUGCUGUACUUUCUUGUGGAGAAAUUGGUGUGAAUGAAGAUGCUUUGAAUUAUCUUCCUGCAUCAGUUUCUUCCAAGAAUUGUGUUGCAUUGGUAAGAUUUUAUUUUCUGUAAUUUCCAUUUCUGAUUUUUGCUGACCAUUUGUUACCAUAGUAAUUAAGUGUACAUCACUAUUAGUGAGAGCCACUAUGUAAUUUCGUGUGCACAAGUGUGUUAAAAGUGAUUUUUUGAUUCAAAGUUGUUCCUUAGGUCCCAAAUUACCAAAAAAAUAUGGGUGGCAAAAUUUUUUGUCCCAUCGGACCAAAUUAGAUGACGUCAUCACUUUUACAGUCAGCAAAAAAAUAAUUUCACAUUUAUAUGUCAUAUUAUAUAUCGUUGGAAAGAGGAGAUCAAGUGGAUCAAAAAAAAUGUAAAAACCAUGUCUUCAAAACGUAACGUUCGAAAGAUAUUACUAUUCAAACUUUGUACAAAUUACAGACCGGUAAUUUACUGACCCAGCACAAAAAUGACUAUAACCUGCUCAAUAGCGAAGUUUUUUUGUUGAAUUUUAGUAUGGUAUUGGGUCACCCUAAUGUCUUUCUGUUUGAUCAAAAUUUAUUGCUCAAAUCACUUCAAGGGAUAAUUUACAGACCAGUAAUUUACAGACCAAAGCACGUGUUUAGUUGUUUACUUUAGUUUUGAAAAGCAAGUAGCGAAUUUCACUUAGACAUUUUGUAUGUAUUAGUAUCAGUAUAAUAACAAGUUUUGUUUUAUAAUUGUUCGAUUUCAUAGACAUAGACAUAGAAUUCGAAUGUUCUAUUUCUAGAAAACAUUCUAUUGUUCAAUUUCAUAGCUAGACUGUUUAAUUUCGAAGUGUUAGUGAAGUGUAAUGUGAAGUUUAUAGUAUAGACAUACAUGCAUAGUAAUAAAAUGAAUAGACCGAUUUAAAAUGGAUGUUAACUGUGUAAAAACAAUAAAUGUGCUGGAUUUUGGGAAAUGUAUAGUGUGUCAGAAAGAUACAUCAAAAAAGGUACCGCCUUACUUAAACAUUUUUUCCCAUUCCUGUUCUGAGUUCUGAGAGUUUUGAGAGAAAGAUUUUUGUUUGAUACUUUGACCAAGAUGUCGUAUUUUGUUUAGAAUGUUGGCAACCCAAAAGAGCAGUAUUUGAAAAAGUUAUUAUCAUGUCUGGAGGAAAGAGUUAGUUGUGGUGAUUCGAAGUAUCUAGAUUGUUGGGAAAAACUGAAGUCAUAUGAUAUUGUACAGCUUGUUGAAGGAAAGUCUUCAUACCAUUCU